CACAACUCUUGGCUUAGGGAGAGGCCGCCAUUGUUUUUCUUCGUUCCAGCAGAUUGGUUGUUUUCUCAUUCAACUCACGAGAUGUCUCACCGAAAGUUUGAGCACCCAAGACAUGGUUCGUUGGGAUUUCUUCCUAGGAAAAGGGCUGUGCGGCAUAGAGGAAAAGUGAAGUCCUUCCCCAAGGAUGAUCCAUCCAGGCCAUGUAGAUAAACUGCAUUUCUAGGAUACAAGGCUGGGAUGACUCACAUUGUUCGAGAGGUUGAGAAACCUGGUUCAAAACUGCAUAAGAAGGAGACCUGUGAAGCAGUGACAAUCAUAGAAACACCACCUACGGUUGUAGUUGGGGUUGUUGGAUAUAUUAAAACACCCCGUGGCUUGCGUUCACUUGGGACUGUUUGGGCUCAGCAUCUUAACGAGGAAGUGAAGAGGCGAUUUUACAAUAAUUUUGCCAAGUCCAAGAAAAAGGCAUUUGUCAAGUACUCCAAGAAAUAUGAAACUGAGGAAGGGAAGAAGGAUAUCCAGUCUCAAUUGGAAAAACUGAAGAAGUACUGUACUGUGAUUCGUGUCUUGGCUCAUACCCAGAUUCGAAAGAUGAAGGGGUUGAAGCAAAAGAAAGCCCAUCUGAUGGAGAUCCAAAUAAAUGGUGGAGAUAUUUCUCAAAAGGUUGACUUUGCUUACGGCUUUUUUGAGAAACAGGUUCCCGUCGAUGCCAUAUUUCAGAAGGACGAGAUGAUUGAUAUAAUUGGUGUGACAAAGGGUAAGGGUUAUGAAGGUGUGGUUACUCGAUGGGGUGUUGCCCGUCUUCCUCGUAAGACUCACAGAGGUUUGCGUAAGGUUGCUUGUAUUGGUGCUUGGCAUCCUGCAAGGGUUUUCUACACAGUUGCUAGGGCUGGUCAAAACGGAUACCACCACCGGACUGAGAUGAACAAAAAGAUUUACAGGCUUGGGAAGGUUAGACAGGAGUCUCACACAGCACUCACCGAGUUUGAUAGUAGGACGGCCGUUUAGUGCGGGAACGACCUGUUCGUAAAAAUUCGCGAAUGAUUCGGAGAAUUGCUAACUAGGCCAGGAGUUGGGUUUUUUUUUUUUUUGAGACGGAAGGGGUAAAAUUUUAUUAAGAAAAGGAAAAAAGAAAUUUACAAUCCAAUUGAUUCAUCCCAAAAUCCACACUACAGCUCAAACCCAUCCUACAAAAGGUGAAGCCGAAAACUAGAAAAAGCAUACCUUUCUCGGCCUUUUGGCUAAGAUCAAGUGUAGUAUCUGUUCUUAUCAGUUUAGUAUCUGAUAUGUGAGCCAUCAACGGCACAUUUCCGCAACUGACUGCAUCCAAUACCUUGCCUGCAAUCUCCUACUAACUUAAGUUUGACACCCCACAUUAUGAGAUCACAUUUCUCGCCUUCAAGUACACUCAGUCAGAACCUCACACGGAUCAUUAAACUCUGCAAGAUCAUAUUUUCAUCUGCCUCGGACAUGAGAGCACUUUCUAAAUGAACAGAAACCAGUAAUUCUGUGAAUAACAAGAGCAGUUUCAAAAAACACGUUUCAACUUCGGAUAUUUCUUUCACUGCCAGCUAUAACUAAUUUCAACAGAAAGAUUUACUUUCACUAAUUACUGAUUCAUAGCAAGCUUAAAGGUGGAGCAUUUGUUUUCAGACUUGACUAUAAAGGCCAAUCAUCACAGCUUCACAAUUUGUGGUGAUUUUAGGAGUGCCAUUGAGAUAGGCCUUGUUUUCAGGUGUGUGAAUUUAUUGAUCUGGAUGUGGGAAAGGAGCACUAUUCUGAGGUUGCAAUAUUCGACAGUUUGAAUGAGAAACUGCAAUAAAAAACUUGAGGCCAUUGGGAAGCAGUGUCCCUUUGAACUUCUAAAGCACCAAAGGAAGACUCCGAGACUUGCUUACAACGAAAAGUUCAAAUGGUUUUGAAGUAAGCUCUAUUCCUGAAGGUUAACACUGGAUUGGUACCAUGACUUCUUUGCACACAUUCCCAGUUAAUUCGUUGAACCUGAGUGAUGGUUAAAUUCUUAGCCACAGAACAACCAAACGCUCAACCUCCGCAAGCAAAUAUGAGGGGAAAAAAGAACAAACAGAUAUGAGGAAAAAAAAUGAGGAAAAAAAAAAUGAGAUAGGAUCAGUUAAUCUACUUUAAGAUAGGAUCCUCUGAAACUCUUUAAAAUUUCAUGAAGCAAGAAAUGGAUAUAUGUCUGGGACCAGUUAAGAAGCUGCCUCGAUAGAAUGGAAAUUAUAGGGAAGUUGUGCUUCAAGAUUUGCAAUCAAAACGGCCGAACAUGGACUGAAAUUGGAUCGUUAAAUCUAAAGUUUCAAGGUUAAAACAGUUUUUGUCCUUGUCCGAAUUUGAACACCCCGUCCAGUUGGUAAAAAUAUUGGAUUCUUAGUUUUGACAGAGAAAGGCUUCACCAUUCAGUGUGUUCUUACAGUUGCACGGAGUGAAUCCAUAUCGAGAAAGCUCUGCACCCAGGAAACACGUUCAAGCUUUAUGGCUUUAGAUGUGCGCACACCUGCUAACCAAGCAAAUAGAUUUAGGGAGUUUAUGUUAUCUGAUAUCGAUAGCAGGCUCAAAUGAAGGCGGUGCAUCUGUUUCCAGACUUGACUAUAAAGGCCGCUUUGCUUGCGUAGCUAAAUCACCGCAACUUCACAAGCAGAUGGCAAUUUGUGGUGGUUUUGGGUGUGUCUUUAUUUGUUUGCUUCGAAGCAUUUUGAUUUCCACUGGGAACCCAAGUUUUUCGAGCACAUGUUAACUUUGUUACACUAAAACGGAAGGGUUGAUGUUUGAGAUUUCA